CGGAGAAAGAGAGAUGGAGAGAGAGAAAGAGAGGAGACGACGAACCCCGCGCUGAUGAUAAUAAUAAUAAUAAUGGAGUCGAGGUGGCGGAGGACGACCGAUGAGAUCUGACUCAGGUUCUCCCAUUUUUCUCUCUUUUUUUCCCCUCCUUUUCUUUUCUUCUCACUGGGCUUGAUUUUCCACCGAUGGGAGACUCGGGCUCCACGGAUCCCCUCCCACGGAUAAAAGGACACAGAUCCGGACUGAUGGACGAGGAGGACCAUCAUCUUUAGCCCCCCCUUUACCCCCCCAUCCCCUCCACCUCCACCUGAUGACUGUGAAAAAAUGAGGAGAAGAAAUGUUAUUUGGAUGGAUUUUUGUUAAUCAUUGAUGCUGUAGCCCCGAGGAAACCAGCCUUACACGGCGAUGUCGGAUCACUGGUGUCGCUGAAUUAUUCAUUAGGGACAGAAGUAGGCUAUGAUUUUAUAUUGCUUUAAUGUAGCAUUCACCCCCCUCCGCUCGCUUUUGUAAUGUUUUUUGCAUAUUUUUUUUAUUCUAAUGAUUUUUUAGGCCCUGGAUCUCGAGGUGUGCCAAUGCUGUGUGGGAAUUUUCUAUCAUUUCGUGUGAGAGUAAAGAAGAGAGACAGCAGGGCGGGGGUGUGAAAGGAUAUAGCUCUAAGGAGACAUUAUUUAUUAAAAAAAGAAAAAGAAAAAGACACCCAAACAUGUUGCCUUCCCAAGAAGCCUCCAAGAUCUACCAUGAUAAUUACAUGCGCAACUCGCGCGCCAUCGGCGUGCUGUGGGCCAUCUUCACCAUCUGCUUCGCCAUCGUCAACGUGGUGGUUUUUAUCCAGCCCUACUGGAUCGGAGACAGCGUGAAGACCCCGCAGGUGGGCUACUUCGGCCUGUUCCACUACUGCGUGGGCAGCGCCGGCGCCAGCCGCGAGCUGACCUGCGUGGGCAGCUUCGCCGACUUCGGCUCCAUCCCGUCCGGAGCCUUCCAGGCGGCCUCGGUGUUCGUGCUGCUGUCCAUGGUGCUGAUCCUCGGCUGCAUCGCCUGCAUGGCGCUCUUCUUCUUCUGCAACACCUCCACCGUUUACAAGACCUGUGCCUGGAUGCAGCUGCUGUGCGGAGUGUGCCUGGUGCUGGGCUGCAUGAUCUUCCCGGACGGCUGGGAUGCCGAAGUGAUCCGGGACAUGUGCGGGGAGAAGACGGGGAAGUACGCCCUAGGGGACUGCUCGGUGCGCUGGGCCUACAUGCUGGCCAUCAUGGGCAUCCUGGACGCCCUCAUCCUCUCCUUCCUGGCCUUCGUCCUGGGAAACCGGCAGACCGACUUCUACCUGGAUGACCUGCAGACGGACAACAAAGAUUUUGCUGUGUCGAGGAUCGAGGUGCGGGAUCGAAGAGAGCCGCGGUACGGAGUUCAGCGUCUCCACUGAGAGCAACAAUGGCACUGGACAACUUAUUCUCUCUUUCUUUCCCUUCUCCACCUCUACCAACGAUCAGGAUACCCCCCCCCCCAAAUCUCAAAGCAGACACCAAGUGUACAGGAUGCUGUAAGAUAAAAAAAAAACACCCUGGGAUAAACUAUAUUUUGAAAAAAAAAAAAAAUUAUACAAGAUUGUACAGUGCAUUUAACACCCGAUUUUCUCAAGAAAUACCUUUAUGAUAAAAAAAAAAAUACGAUUGACUGUAUUUAAAGUCUUGAUUUGUGUGGGAAAUUCAAUCCUUACGAUGAAGAACCAUAAAGUCCACUUACUUUCAGUUCCUUCAAAUGUCCCUGAGUUUGAGCGUUGUGUACGUUCAUCGCAUCGUGUCUCGCAAUACAGCAAGUCCAUUAUUUAAAACAACAACAACCCUUCAGCAGGGACGUGUAUGGCUCUUCAUCUAAGGACUUUGAACUGCGAGGAAUUUAAACGAGCGCCCCCAUUGCAGCUUUACAGAACUUAACAUCUCUGGGAGAUUCUCUACUGUACAGACUGAACGAUGUAAAUAACUCUACUUGCUGACGAAAACAGCCAACAACAAAACCUCAUCUGACUCCAACGCAUUUGAGUAUUUCUACCCUUGGUUUCAGUGUUCCUCGUGCCGGUAAAUCACCCGAGUACUUUGUGUUCCUAAGACUCCUCACUGCUGAUUCAGUGGGAUUACGUUGAUUUGGAAAGAAUCUAAAUCUUACCUGGAUGUUCCACCGAGAAGUACGGCGCCAUGAAUCCGAAUGAUUGUGUUUGUCGACUGGAAGAAGAGCACUUCCCCUGCAUCAACACGGCUUCAGCGGAAGCCACUCUUGGUAGUAGUCCUGGUUAUUUCUUCUCCUUUCGGUCAUCUCCCACGAUCCCCUCCUGUUUCCAGUGUGCGGUUUACUCCAGUUUAUGGUUCCAGCAUCCAGUGAUCAGUUUACUCUACAGAUGUCUUAAGACUGUGUGAAUACGGCUGCUGGAGUUGGCCCCAAGUGCUGCAUUGUCUUAAGGUGAUGUCACAAAUAAUGCCUCUUUGAAGAAGCAAUGCUGCCUGCAGUAGUCACAGGUGGGACGUCCACCGCUCAUGACGACUAUUAUAUUAAGUUAUAAGAAAACAAGAACACAAGGGGUGCUUUCACAACUACGGGCUUUUGUCCACUCAAAUCUAACUUUUCCACUUGUUGCAGUUCAUUUUAUGUCCCUUGUGAACACGGUAAUCCCUAUCGGGUUUGGACCAAAACAGGUGGACCUGGUCUUGAUCAAGGAGCGACAUCCAGUUUUGGAAAUUGCGCAGAAGUAGGGAGGAUUGCAGUUCGUCAAAGGACCUUUGGAGUCAGUUUCAUUGGCGGCAACGUUAAAAAGUCCACCAUUACAGCAGAACUUGGGUAUAAAAGCCUAGAUUUUAUAACCGAGACAACGGGGAGACAACUUUUAAGUAGCUAAUCAGGUUAAAUUAUAGCCCCAAAUCUAUGCAUAAAUAGGAUCGUGUUUUUUGAGUGACAGAUAUGUUGCAAUCGACUAGCUUUCCAUCUAGCUACCUAGCAUUUUUGAGUUCAAUUGGGUUGAAAGUAGAUUUAAUUAGCUGCUGGUGGAGGUGGCUGGGUGUAGUUUCCCAGUCAGCGUUUUUGUUUAUCCAACUUUAAAAAAAGUCCCCAAUUCUGCAAUUUUUCUAUGUUUUUGUUAUCCCCAAACCUAUUGAUUUUUUCCAAUUUGCAAUUCAAAAACUCUUUGGGUUUGUCAGAUCCUGCAGCCUUAGUCAUUUUUUUCAGUUUGCUCUUGUUUAAGUCAAUUAUAAACCUUGAAGUCAGUAAAAACACAACUAGGGACUUUUAAGACAAACUUUAACCGUACUGGACCCAAGAGACGCUAGUGCUCACUUUAACUUCCUUCAUUGGAAUAUAGCGAGACAGAUUUGAUCUAAUCAGAGGCCGUUCAGAAGGACUUGGAAUCAGCAAAAAGAGAUGUUAGCAGUUGGGUUUUUUGGGAAUUGUUUUAAAUAUGGCUUUCGGAAACGCAGCCUGUCUCUUUUACUGGAACUGUAUUAUAAGUACACUUAACGGCAACGUACUGUAGAUCUGGGUUGAUGGAGUCUACUUUCAUCACAGAUUAGCCUGAGCUAAGCUAAAGGUUUGGUCGGCGUGUUUUGUCCAGUUGCUGCGCCAUUUGCACCAUUUUUGGAUCAACCAACGGCAGGAAAAGUGCUUCAAAUGCAAUCCUUAGAAAAACCUGUGGAUGAGGUUGUAGAGAUGUUGUGCAGUUCUGUUCCUGCCUCCUGUGGUCUGGAUUUGAAUUCAACGCCGGUCUCUGACGGGGUCCGUCCUGUCGGGAACGCUUACUGAAUCAAAGCAGUCUCAUGAUUUAAGGCAUUGAAUUACUCUUAGACCUCCAUUUCUGUUCGAUUACAGUGAGAUCAAUCAUGUCGCUUAAAGUUCUCCGUGAUUAAUACAAGCAAGACCUUAUAAUGUGGUGAUGUUCUGUUUUUGGUUUGUUAAAACGUUCCUCUGGCUGUAGCUGUGCAAAAGUGAUAAAUGCAGUCACGAACCUACGUGAAACCCUACGGAUCUGUGCAGGAAACACGCCGAUAUAAGAUCUUCUUCCUGUGUUUAUCUGUGCAGUCACACGGAUAAAUUUGACAGACAAGCGGGGAGGACACGGUCGUGUGGGUC